GCCACAUUUCUCCAAAUCUGAUGAAGAAACAAACUCAUCCUAAUGACCUGACGAAGACAACAUUUUCAGCAAAUGUUCAUUUUUCGGUGAGCUAUUCUUUUAGGAAUAAAUAAAUCAUAGAGUUGCCAUUUAUGAAAUGAUGUAGAGCAAACAAACAACUCUGGACGAGUCUUUAAGGGAUCAUGAUUCUUGAUUAUAGUUCUCAGCAUUAAUUUGGGUGCACUAUUAGUGUGCUAUGGUGUUCAUGUCACGUCUUGUAUCAGUUGAGAAACAUAUAAAUGUAUUUUUGAGGGGUUCAGCUCUCUCUAGUGAGAGAAAGGUAGAACAGACCUCUAAAAAUAACCCAGAAUUUAACACCCAACUCCAACCGUUCGUCAGCCCAAAGCAGUCGACUCAGCUCAGCACGGACUCCUGAUCUGACCUGAACACAAAAUACAGAGAUAGAGACAGAUAUUGAAGUCAGAAGUGAUACGGAGACAACCUCCAGCUGUUGAUUUACACCUAAAAUGAGACGUAGUUCAGCAUUCGGCCUGUUUUUCAUCUACGCUUCUGCCUUUGGGCCUUGUUUAUACCCUCUCAUGCUGUUUUAAUCGAACGCGUGUUUGAAGAUGACCUCAAGGAGGAAGUUUGGAGUGAAGUCUGAGGUUUCUGAAGAGAAAGAGGAAUAUGUGACACCGAACGGCUACGAGUUGGAGAAACACCUGACGCACGGCAGCGUCGCCUACACACACGUCAAUGAGGUCUGGCCUAACGUCUACAUAGGGAACGAAGAAACAGCAAAGGACCGAUACAAGCUGAAGACGAUGGGCAUCACACACGUCCUGAACGCAGCCGAGGGCGAGUGGAACAGUGUGGACACCGGCGCUGAAUACUACAGAGACAUGGACGUGCAUUACUACGGGAUCACGGCGGAAGAUGUUCCCACGUUCAACCUCAGCCAGUUCUUCUAUCCUGCCGCAGAACACAUCCACCAGACCCUCAGAAACCCCCAGAAUAAGCUUUUGAUUCACUGCGUGAUGGGCCGCAGUCGCUCCGCCACACUCUUCUUGGCCUACUUGAUGAUCUACGAGCACAUGACGGUUGUAGACGCCAUCGAGCAGGUCAAACGCAGACGCCGCAUCAUCCCAAACUGGGGCUUUCUGAAGCAGCUGAGAGAGCUGGACACACACCUGCUGGAGCAGAGAAGAGCUCAAAACACACUUAAACACUAAAAACACUUACUGAGAGAAGAGCUAUUUCUCUUUACAUUUCUGGGUGUAGACAAUGGCAGCCAGUGAAUAGUGUUUAAGUUUGAGGUAUGUCUAGUUUUAGUCUGGUUCUGUGCAAAGAUUGGUGCAUUUGUGCAUCACACACACACACACACACACACACACACAUAUAUAUAUAGAAGAACUCUUGUCUAUACUUGAAAACAAUAACUAACAAACACAAACAACAAAAAAACUAAAUUAAUGGAACUUUAAUAUGAAGAAAACAACAAACUAAUUAAAAAUACUGAUACUAAAACAACAACGACACAACUUUGGAACAGUUAAAAUGUUUUUAUUAAACUGGUCAGUUGAACAGUCCUGUUUCAUAAGCAGAAAGAGCAAGAGGAAAACAUUUCCCACUUCAGAUACAGCUUAUGUGUAUUUAGAGACUUUUGUGCGUUUAAGAUACAAUUUGGUAUUUCAAAGUAACAAUAAAUACCUGAAAGAUGUCAACUUGCUAGCCUAAAAUCCUGUUAUUUUAAUUUACUACUUUUAUUUUUGAGAAAUAUAAAUGCACUUGCUUUAAAUGAUAUCAGAGAUCUUUAAUAGAUUAAAUAGAGAAAUGUUGUUCUUGCAAUGUAACGUAAAAACAGAUCAAAGACAAACCAUACUUUAACACAAAUUGUACAUAUGUGGUCGUUGCAAUCCUGAUAAAUGGCCGUUUUAACAGGAAACGUGUGUAAACCAAUGCUGAGGCACGCAGGUUGUGUUGCC